AUGGAUAUAAGUAUUGAAUAUUUGCAAGAAUACCGUGUAAUAUUGUACGAAUAUACGAUAAGAAAUUUUGAUUAUUACACGACGCUUAUCACAUGGACAGCCUAUAUUACCGUAUUGACCGGUGCAUCUGCACUAAUUUGUCAUUGUUUUGCAAAGCAAGCUAUUGGAUCAGGUAUUCCGGAAUUAAAAGUUAUAAUGUGUGGUUUUAAAAUGAAAAAUUAUUUGUCGCUACAAACAAUGAUUGGAAAAAUCUUUGGUUUAACACUUGCGCUUGGUAGUGGACUUCCGGUUGGUAAAGAGGGACCAUUUGUACACAUAGGCGCAAUUGUCGCAUCACUUUUAACACGAAUUACUUCCGCAUGUCGAUAUCAAGCAUUUUUCUCGAGUGAAGGCCGUGAAAUGCAAAUGCUUUCAUCGGGAUGUGCAGUUGGUAUCGCUUGUACAUUUUCAGCACCUGCUGGUGCAGUGCUAUAUGGUAUCGAAUCAACAUCAAGAUUUUUUGCUGUCCGAAAUUAUUGGCGUGCAUUUUUUGCAACAACAUGCAGCGCACUUAUUUUUCGUUUUGCUAAUGCUGCUAUUAUACCACCAGAAAUUGCAGGUACAAUAACAGCAUAUUAUCAAACUUAUUUCCCAAAUUCGGUAUUUGUUGUUGAAGAAUUACCAGUAUUUGCUCUUAUUGGAGUAUUUUCGGGUUUAUUUGGUGCAUUGUUUGUAUUUACACAUCGAAGAAUUGCUCUAUUCAGGGAGAAAAAUCGUUUAUAUUUACGUAUUUUUAAUAAAAAUUUUACAUUUCGUGAAACAUUAGCAGAUUUUAUUGCAAAUUGCACAUUUAUGUUAUCAAAUAUAACAGCAGAAGGCUGUUCGAAGGAACGAUUGGAACGUUGGGUUGGAAUAAAUCAUGAAUUUAAUGCCUUAAAUAGUUUGGCAAUUUAUUUUUGUGUUUAUUUUAUCCUCGUUGCAAUAUGCAUAUCAUUGGCGGUACCAGCUGGUAUUUUUGUACCAUCAUUUGUUAUUGGUGCAUGUGGUGGUCGUUUAAUUGGUGAAAUAAUGGCAUUAUUAUAUCCUCAAGGACUUCGUGGUCCUGAUGGUCCAAAAAUUUUUCCUGGACUUUAUGCUGUUGUAGGAGCAGCAGCUUACACAGGAUCAGUGACACAUUCAUUGUCAAUUGCAGUUAUUGUAUGCGAAACAACGGGUCAACUUUCACCUUUAUUACCAGUGCUGAUUGCGUUAAUGAUUGGUAAUGCAAUAAGUAGUUUUCUACAACCAUCAAUUUAUGAAAGUAUGAUUGAAAUCAAAAAUUUGCCACAUUUAGCUGAUUUACCUCCUUCUCGAAUUAGUGUUCAUAAGUUAAAAGUUGAAAAUGUGAUGAUUCAUAAUGUAUUAUGUAUAACAAGAUCUACUACUUAUGGUGAACUCAGGGAACUUUUGCUAGCAUCACCACAUUUACGAUCAUAUCCACUGAUCACUGAUUCCAGAACAAAAAUUUUACUUGGUUCAGUAGCACGAAAAUAUUUGAAUUAUUUAUUGUAUGAAAAAUUAGGCCCAGAUUCAAUGAUUGAUCGAAAACGGAUUAAUACCACUUCUGAUUUAUUAAAUCAUAUACGACGAAAUUCUCGUUUAAGUGCUAAUAAUGUAUUAACGGAUCGAAAUAUAAGUGGUAAUACAUUGCUUGCUAGUAGUCCAUUACAUGAAGAUCAUGGUGGAGAUAGUCCAUUAGCACCAUUACUUCAACGUCAAGCAGAUGCUGACCAUCAUGUGACAAAUUUAAGUGUACGCCAACGGGCAUACAUUUUACGACAUCCGAUUCAUUUAGAUGAAAUUGCCAUCGAUCCGGCACCAUUCCAACUUGUUCUCGGUACAUCACUCUAUCGAGUACAUACGUUAUUUUCAUUACUUGGUCUUAAUCAUGCUUACAUUACAAAUCGUGGAAAGCUUAUGGGUGUAAUUUCGAUUAAAGAGCUUCGUAAUGCACUUGCAAAUAUAUAUAGUCGUGGUGCUAUUCCAACUUAUUCGGUGCGUAAAAGUACUGUAACAUCACCACAUAGAUUAUUAUUAAAUAAUGGUAUUGAACAACGAAUGGUAACAACGGUUGCUACCCAAACAUUGUUAGAGGAUCAGGUUAUAUUUGGUGUUGAUUCUGAUAUAGAAACAUGA